AUGGCGCGCAAUUCAGAAAAAGCGCAGUCGAUGCUCUUCCGUUUCCGCGCCGCACAAGCCGCCGAAUCAGGCCUCUUACCCAGCGCGUCCCUGCGCCGUCCCAAAGCCCCGAGUACGGUCAAUGCCAUUCCCUUGUGCGAGAAGUGGCGCGGCCAGAUCUUAAAAGAAGUAUCACGCAAAGUGACCAAGAUCCAAGACGAGAGCCUAUCGGACUUCCAGAUCCGCGAUCUCAACGAUGAAAUCAACAAGUUAAUGAAAGAGAAAUGGGGCUGGGAGAGAAGAAUCAGGGAACUAGGCGGGCCGAAUUACAUGCGUGGUGGAGGCACGGUGUUUGAUGACCAGGGAAGGGAGGUUCCUGGUGGAGGGAAAGGGUACCGAUAUUUUGGGAGGGCGAGAGAGUUACCUGGGGUUAAAGAAAUGUUUGAGCGAGCAGCGAAACGAAGAGUUCACGAAAAGGAGGAGGAGGAAGGGGCGAAGGCCAGGCCAGCACAGGAUAUCAAUCGCAAGAAUCUUGACGCCAGGUAUUUCGGUUUCGGCCUCGAUGAGGAGGACGGGUCGUUGUUGAAAUAUGAGCGCAAGAAAGAGAUGGAGGCGAUGGAGAGGGUUGCAAAGUUGGCGGAGGGAGGGGACGAUGAUGAAGGAGACUGGGAACCGCUGCCGGGGGACGCUGGGGAUGGGGUGAGAUGGCGGCUACCGACGCUCGAGGAGGUCCAGGAAGAACUUGUGGACAGGAGACGGAGGCAGUUGUUGGACAAGCUCGUUUGA